AUGAUGAUGAAAGUGAAAGAUAUCUCAUGGGAAGGUGAAAUCAAGUUCAAUUCUCCAAGUUAUAAUAACAAAAAAAGUUGGGCCAGCAUAUCAAGAUUGGAUAAAUCCUUCAGCACCACUGAAUUGAAGAACAAAAUAAGUUUCAUUCUUCCAAUCUUCAAGCGCUGUGCUAAUAUUGGGCAUAGUUUACCACCAGACAUAAUAACGUUCCAAGGUGCCAUUGAAUCAUUCAUACUUUUAUGUGAGGCUGCUUUUUUUAGCUGGAAAGAUCCAACAGGAAACUAUGAUGGAUUGAAUAAUAAAAUCCAGAAUUUUGUUGCUAGAAUGAAAGUGCUUGAUGAAGCUCAAGGACUUCUGAAAUCUCCGUGGAGUCUCCCUGCUCACUAUUUGGAUGAUCAUUUGUGGGAGAUGUUCAAAAUCCACGGACCGUUAUCCCAAUUUUGCACCAACGGGCUUGAGAUGGAUAAUGCCAUUAGUAAAAAGCUUGACAAGAAGUCUCGUUAUGGAGUCAAAAGCAUAGCCAAUGACUUUGGUAUGUUGACUCUCAAAAGAAAUGAGGAAUCAAUGUACCAUAGCUUAGAAUGGUCUGAAGAGAGCUUUGAAAAUGAGUGGAAAGACUUCCUGUUAUUGGAAAGUUUGCCACAAGAGUUACCAAAGAACGGUAAAAUAUAUCAUACAAUGAACCACUUUCACCACAAAGUAACAUCCAGUAGCGUCUCCAGUAUUGUCGAUUUCCCGCUAAUCUCCUACCAGAAUGAAUUGCUCAUGUUUGUUGCUGGUUUCCGAGAUUCACAAAGUGGGGAGACCCUGGAGUAUAUAGUAGUAAUCAAAGCCAAACAUCUGGACAGCCAGAGUAAAGGGAAUCAAACCUUUGCCACUAUCAGCCUCAAGGAAGAAGAUUAUGAAAUAAAGAAUGAUAUGGAGUUCUUCGAGUGUCCUCUGAUGGAUAUGAUAAGUUUAAGACAGUACUUCUCCUGCUCAGGUGAGGACAUUGGAUAUAGUUCUUUAUUUCAUUAG